AUGGAAACCAUAGAAAAUUCCCACAAUGUAUCUGUAUCUACUGAAAUACCACUAUCUAUGCGAUUCUUGCAUAAACCUAGACGCUCAGAGGAAUUGUAUAUCAAAUCCAACGAUCAAACCCAGGCUAACAGCAAAUUAAAUGCUCAACCCAUUCGCAUAGACGAUUCAUCUGAUCCAUCACCUACAAGUUUGGAUUAUUUUAAUUUAGAUGGUGGUAUUAGUAAUACUAAAAAUGAUACUCCGCCAGUUUUUUCACCUGAGGAAAUGUCGGACUACAAAUUGGUUCGCAAAAAAUCAGGUGAACUUGUCAAACCAUCUUUGAAAAGUCCCCUUUAUUAUCACAAAAAGCGAUCACUAUCAUUACCAUCCACUCCAACCUAUAAACAAGUACAUUUUGGUGGCUCCACUGAUGUGCGUUAUUUCCAUAAAAAGGAUAGGCCGGCAGCAAUUUCGGCUUCAAAUUCACCCAAACUAAGCCCAGCCGAUGAUGAUGAUGGCUACGAUUAUUCUGACGACGAUGAUGGCUAUGAUAACGACUCUUGUGAUUCUGACCCUGAAAGUAUCGAUCUCAACAAUAAAAUUUUUGGAUUCGAUGAAGGGCAACGUCAACGACAACGACAACAAGGUCUUCAUUCGAAAACCGACACAAAAUACCCUAAGAAAUUGGAAGGGUUGAUUGAUUGGCAAUUAAGACUCACCAAUUUCCCACCCUUAUCGUAUUUGAAAAAAAUUGAAACAGGAGUUCCAGUCUUUUUAGAAAAAAUAUUCAUAUCUGGUGAUAGAAAAUACUUAUUGGGUCAUGUUGCUGUUCGAAAUCUUGCUUUUGAAAAACAUAUAACCAUUCGUUACUCAUUGGAUAAUUGGAUGACUGUGAUUGAGCUUCCUACUAAUUAUAUCGAAGAGAGACCAGAAGUUUUGAAAUUAAAUGAUUACGAUCGAUUUGGAUUUAAGAUUCCUUUGAAUAGCUUGUUUCAUAGUUUAAAGUUUUCCACAAAUUCGUCGACAGAUUCUUUGGAUGCCAGUAGCAAUGAGGAUGACGGCACUAGUACCCAUGAACGAACAUAUCAAUUGUGUAUAAAAUACGAAACUAACAAUCAAGAGUUUUGGGAUAAUAAUGCAUCCAAGAAUUAUGAAGUUAAAUUGGUUAGGUCAUUCAAACAAAUGCCUGAUGUCACGAAACCAUUUAUAAGAAAGAAUAUUGGUGUUGUUGGUACUAAGAUUCAAGACCAUGCUAGAAAACCAAGAUAUUCAAACUCCUAUCUUAAACGAGUUGCAUCUGACUCGGCAAUAGCUACUACCAUGAAUUCAAAAUCUACUGCUGAACCAACUGCAACUGAACCUGCCACUUCUGGUUUAGAUUCACCUUCAGAAUCAUCAAUUGCGGAUUCCAAUAGUGGACUGAGUAAUUUUUCCGAAAUUAGUGAUUUUGUCAAAAAUAAUUAUUAUUUAUCGUCGCCUUUAUUGUCAUCGUUACACAAAUCCCCUGAUUUAUCAGAAGAUUAUUUUGGUCAAAAUUCAAUCAAAUCACCAGCAUUGAAUCCAGAAAAUACAAAUUCAGCAAAAUACAAGACCAAGUUCAAACCUCAUUUAUCGAAAUUGGAUACUACGGAUUUUAAUAGAAAUUUCGUCGAUGAAGGUUUAAAACUGGAUCAUGAUUAUAAACAACUGCAAAACGAAGAAGAAAACCAAGGAUUAGGAAUCAAAUCCAAACAAGUUAAUGGUAAAAGUGAUUUACAUACUGUUGAUUCAAACAAAAAACAAGAGAGUACUGCUGCAAAGAAAAAGAGUUCCUUGGGGCCCUCAUUUUCUGGGUUAUCUGCUGCCAAUAGGACCAAAUUUCUCAAUUCUAAAAGUUAUAAGGAAUUAUUGGAAAACUAUUGCUUUUUUUCCUCAAACACUGCUAGUGGUGUUGAUACUGCUAGUAUAGGCUCUAAUGGUCAACCAAGGGUCAACAAUAAUAAUGGUGGCAGUAGAAAUAGCAGCAGUAGUAGCAAUAGUAGUUCAGAAAGCAACAAUGGUAAUAGUAGUAGUACUAGUGGUGAUGAAAAUAGUAAAAUUGCAAGAGAGAAUUCAUUCACGAUUUCAUCGUUUUUGGGAACAUGA